CAGUAUGCUGAUCUUACUUCAUCUUUUACAUUUCUGCUCCUCCUCCUCACUGCUCUUCUAGUCUCUUCCCCCAUCACUCUCCUCAGUCCUCCCCUUCUCUCACAUUAAAAACGACGACCCCUGCAAUCUUCGACCCCCACUAAUAGAAGAGUAUCUGCUCGGUUUCAAUCUCCUCUCACUACCCCCACCUCCCCAAGGCCGUUCAGUGUCAGAUUCGUCUGAAAAACCACUCUAAUCUUGAUUGUGUAGUGUACAGCUCUAACUCAGAAGGUAAAGGUACCUAUGAAGAGUUCAGUAUAAUCAAUGGAAUGGCACCCUAGUGUGACACUGCAUAAACAGUAAACACACCCUUCAAUAUACCCAAGGUCUUGUUUGGAAAAGUGGAAAAUUUUCUUAAAAUCCAGUCACCCUUUACUUAUUUAUGGCUAGUAGUUCAAAAGGAGGGGGAUUUCUCCAGUCUGAUCAACCAAGCCUUCUUCCUCCAUGGCUGUCUAAUCCAAGCACCCCAUCUGUUCUUAGACCCACAGCCCCAUCUGUUGCCUUAAGUCUUUCCCCAUCCACACUACCGCAACCCUCUCCUGCAAUCCCAUGGCUUCAGUCCGACAGAGGGCCCUCCGGUUUUCCAGCUCAUCAUGGAGAUAACAACCCAUUAGUUGCUGAACUUAUGGAGUGCUGUAGAAAUGUGGAAGAAGGGCAUCGCGUUUGGACCGCGCAUAAGAAAGAAGCAGCUUGGAGAUUGAGACGGGUGGAAUUGCAGCUGGAGUCUGAGAAGGCGUCGAAGAUCAGAGAGAAACGGGAGGAAAUUGAUUUGAAGAUAAAAGCUUUGAUGGAAGAACAGAGGAUUGCCCUGGACAGGAUUGAGGGUGAGUAUAAGGAACAGCUGGCGGUGCUGAGGAGGGAUGCUGAAGCUAAGGAGCAAAAGUUGACAGAGCAAUGGGCUUCCAAACACAUUCGGCUCACCAAGUUUCUUGAGCAGAUGAGUUGCCCACCGCCAAGGGAGGCUAGCGGCCAGUAGAUUCAGUUAUUCAUUCCCGGUGUACGGAUUCUUAAGAAUGGCUUUGGUUAGUGCAUGCAUCAAGCAUGAUGCUUUUCUUACUGCUGAAAUUUGUUUUCCACGCUUUUCAUCUCAGAAAAUUUAGCAGACAGUUAUUUAAGCCAUAUAAUCAUAAUUACCGAGCAGGAUCUUAAGCUAUUUAAAACAAGACAUAAAUGGAAGAUGCAUCCACCGUUUAAUAGACCGCCCAGCUAAAGAUUUGCAUCAAAACCAUAUCAAACUUAAACAAUACUCCAAAAUAAAAUGCAUUUAAUACAAGAUCUUACCAAAGUAGAUGAAAACUAAAUUGUAAGGAGUAAAAUAGGAGAGUGGGAUCCAUAAUUUGAGGGAGGGUAACAGAGUUAUGUUCCCAAUGAGCCAACACAAAUGAUGUGAGAGGUGAAGAGUAGGGAACCAUUCACAGAGAGGUGGGGGCAGGGAUAUAUUUUCAUAUCCUGUUGCAUGCAUGCAUGCAUUAGUAGUAGUAGUAGUAUCUGUUUGGCAGACUUUUUAACUUCAUCUUCCUUGUUUUGUAUUUUCAACAAUAUAUUGAACUUUUCUUUAAUACUUUCUUCCAUCCAACCACUCUAUUCUGUGAUCUUUCUUAACAGUUAUAGCAUGCAUUGCACCUGCGCCUACGUACUGCUUUCUGUGCUCUUCACCAUUGUACACACUGAUCUGAUCUGUUCAAAUGAAAUGAAAGGACAAUGAUUUCUCAUUAAUUUACCACCCCCACAUUCACAGUUUUUUCUUUAUUUUUAUUUUGUAGACUGAUUUUUCUUUUUUCAGACUGUGGG